AUGGCUGACCUGCUCAAAUUGUGUUUGAGAAUCGCAUAUGCCUACGGACGGUUGACCGGCGUAAUCAACUUUAAGAUUGAUUUGAAAACGGGUCAAGCGCUAGUUACCAGAGGAGCUACGCUUAUUUCAGUGAGCACACACUUGCUGAUCUUUGCCCUACUCCUCUACCAAACAAUGCGAAAAAGUGUGGUGAACGUCAUGUGGAAGUAUGCCAAUUCCCUUCACGAAUACGUGUUCCUGGUCAUAGCCGGCUUUCGCGUAGUCUGUGUCUUUCUGGAGCUGGUCAGUCGAUGGUCGCAGCGUCGCACCUUUGUGAGGCUCUUCAACUCAUUCCGGAGACUGUAUCAGAGAAAUCCGGAUAUAAUCCAGUACUGCCGAAGGAGCAUCGUUAGCAAAUUCUUUUGCGUCACAAUGACAGAGACACUGCACAUCAUAGUCACCUUGGCCAUGAUGAGGAAUCGGCUGAGCAUUGCUCUGGCUCUGCGCAUUUGGGCCGUAUUGAGUCUGACGGCCAUAAUAAAUGUAAUCAUCACGCAGUACUAUGUGGCCACCGCGUGUGUGCGAGGACGAUAUGCGCUCCUGAACAAGGAUCUUCAGGCGAUUGUGACCGAAUCCCAGUCGCUGGUUCCCAACGGAGGUGGCGUCUUUGUGACCAAGUGUUGCUACCUAGCGGAUCGCUUGGAGCGAAUAGCCAAGUCCCAGUCGGACCUACAGGAGCUCGUCGAAAACUUGUCCACGGCAUACGAAGGAGAAGUGGUCUGCCUGGUCAUCACAUACUAUCUGAAUAUGCUGGGCACCUCGUAUCUGCUGUUCAGCAUUAGCAAGUAUGGCAAUUUUGGGAAUAACCUGCUCGUGAUCAUCACUCUUUGUGGCAUUGUCUACUUCGUAUUUUACGUCGUCGAUUGCUGGAUCAACGCGUUUAAUGUGUUUUACCUUUUGGAUGCCCAUGAUAAGAUGGUUAAGUUGCUGAAUAAGCGAACUUUGUUUCAGCCAGGUCUGGAUCAUCGAUUGGAAAUGGUUUUUGAAAACUUUGCUCUGAACUUGGUGCGGAAUCCAUUGAAGCUCCAUAUGUACGGCCUUUUCGAGUUUGGUCGAGGAACAUCCUUUGCCGUGUUUAACUCCCUGUUAACACACUCCCUUCUCCUCAUUCAAUACGACGUGCAAAACUUCUAA